ACGAUCGUCCACCUCGUCAGUAGGCACAGCGAGCGUGUCUAGGGCGGUGUGCCAGAUUUUGGGUUCCGAAAAUCGGUCAAUACGGUUCCACCGAUUGCGAAAAAACAGGAAGGUGAAUAACCAGUACCGGUGAAUUUGAAAAUCUACACCCAAGCACACCGGUACCACCAUCGCCAAGCAAUUCCACCACCACCGUCAUGGGUCUUGUCCAGCUUGACAACCAAACCGCCUACCGACCGGAAGCACUGAUUGGCGCGGACCAAUCGGGCCUGCGAUAUCUCGGCUGGAACGUGCCACCAGAAGAGCUGGUGCACAUCCCCGAGCACUGGCUGCAGUUUCCCGAGCCGGAAGCUUCCCUGCACUACCUGCUCGGGCUGCUGUACAUCGCCUUUACCAUCUUCUCACUCGUCGGCAAUGGGCUCGUCAUUUGGAUUUUCAUCGCUGCGAAAUCCUUACGGACACCCUCGAAUGUGUUUGUGAUUAAUCUUGCCAUCUGUGAUUUCUUCAUGAUGGCCAAGACGCCGAUCUUCAUCUACAACUCAUUCACGAAAGGCUUCACGCUAGGGAACCUGGGUUGCCAGAUUUUUGGCUUCGUCGGAUCUCUUACCGGAAUUGGAGCAGGUGCCACUAACGCGCUCAUCGCUUACGAUCGCUACAACACCAUCACCCGCCCGUUCGAGGGAAGGCUUACACAGACGAAGGCCAUCAUCUUCAUCUGCCUCAUCUGGGCGUACACCAUUCCGUGGGGAGUCCUGCCGCUGCUGGAAAUCUGGGGACGCUACGUACCCGAGGGCUUCCUUACCUCCUGCACCUUCGACUAUCUGUCUGGCACGUUCGAUACCCGCCUGUUCGUGGCCUCGAUCUUUACCUUCAGCUACGUACUACCGAUGAGUCUGAUCAUUUACUACUACAGCCAGAUUGUGAGCCAUGUCGUCAACCAUGAAAAGUCGCUCCGCGAACAGGCCAAGAAGAUGAACGUGGAGUCACUGCGGUCGAACCAAAACCAGAAGGACGCCUCGGUCGAGAUCCGAAUUGCGAAGGCCGCCAUCACCGUUUGCUUCCUGUUCGUUGCCUCGUGGACACCGUACGCCGUGCUGGCGCUGAUCGGAGCGUUCGGUGACAAGAGCCUGCUAACGCCGGGCGUCACCAUGUUCCCCGCCUGUGCCUGCAAGUUUGUCGCCUGCCUAGACCCGUACGUGUACGCCAUCAGCCACCCGAGAUACCGUAUCGAGCUGCAGAAGCGUCUGCCCUGGUUGGCGAUUACGGAAACGCUACCGGCCGAGAACGCCUCGACCUGCACGGAGCAGCAGGACGGCAACGCUACUACGCAAUCUUAAGACAGGCGCUACAGGCAGGCAGACAGGCAAUACGCGCAUAUAGCUCGGGAUAGAUACACUAGCAGGCACUUUCAAAUGAUACAUACGAUACUAACAAUAAGCCACGUCUAAUGGACCCGAGCACGGAAACUUCUGUUUGAAGUGUGAAUUUCUAAUUGUUUUCAAAUCAUUAUUUGUCGAAAUCAUACCAAAAAAAACAUUCAAUAAAGAAACUUAACUGCAA